CGCCGCAAAGGACUCUAUGACGAUGUGGCCUGCUUGGAGGACUCUAAUACUAUGCAUCAUAGCAGUGUGCGCAACAGAAGCUGUGUGUCAGUAUGAAGACAGCUUCGACGACGAUCGGGCAUCGCGUCAGGACCAAGAGUCGGGUUCCCAUGAGAUGGACGCAAAUGAUGAAAUGGAAGGAUACGAUAGUGAUAAACGAAUCGGCAACGGCGGGUAUGGGGGUAAAGAAGACGAUACCACAGUAGCUUAUGGCAAUGACGAGGCUCAAGGUGAGGAGGAUUCACCUGAAACGACGACAAUUGGUCGUCUACCGGAACGUGACUUGCCGUCAAACGGACCGUUUUCCACCCCGACGUCUGCAAAGUCGCGCCCUCAGAGUGGAGAUGCGUACGUACAGUACCGGAGUGACUAUCCUAAUUACUUUGGAAGGUACUUCGGUGAGUUAUCACAUCAUUUAGAAAACAAACCUGCCCACGGUCCACCCGAAGUGCCGAAAUACAACGUACCGCCAUAUCCAUUACCAGAUAGCAGAGUGAACCCUAACUUCGAUAACGACCUGUUCGAGACUGGGAGCAACAGCCAAACACUGGAUAUGUCGAGCGAAAAUCAAAUGCCUCCUGACUACCUUCAUAAGCCGCGAAUGAUGGUCGUUAUGGCGAGACUGCGCAAACGUUACGGUGCCGAAACGCAUCCGUUAUUUGUGGGACUUCAACCCGCAUCGUUCGCCUUCACUCGCAUUAUAUCUGUAGCUGCUCGCAGCUCUAUAGAAGUUCCAGAGUCGAAACUGAUCCAGUUCACUCAUAACCUAACACAGAUAAUAGCGAGAGAAAUGGAAUCCCUGAAGGGUCGUCUGCGUACCAUGGAACUCGAACGCAUCAAGCUGUUCACAGUCUUGAUUCAAUUCAAGAGUAUUUUGAAUGAGAUGUACGAACGCUCCACUGCGGAUGGAUCUGUAUAUGCCAAUAGACUAAAUAUGAGUCAACAUGAGAUGUACAUCGCCAGACUGUGCAAUCUGUUCAUGAUUCCCUGUGCCGUUACUAGACUUAGCCCGCUUACGCCUGACGAAAUUAAACAGAUUAAUUAUGACGUCGGACUGUUUGAUACUAAGAUCAAUGACAAAAGCAAGUUGGUUUUAACCAAUCGUAUAAGGAUGAUACUUGUCAGAAAAGCCUACGAUGAUAAAAAAGACAGAUUAAUUCCUAGCAGCCCUAACGAGACUAGCGACUAUAUUUCCAAGGCCAGCAAGAGGAACAGUAAAUGCAGUGAUGUUGCUACGUCGCUGGGGUCAGCACUGCACUGCUCGAGGAACUCGGUUACGCCGUCAUCGAAACUUAGCACUACUGCUCGGGAGGACCAAGAUAGACACGAAAUUCUACGAUGUAAACUACGCCGAUUACGAAACCUCUAUUUACUGGUUCGACCUCUUGUCACGGGAACUAAGCUGACCCGGACAGAGCUCCGUGAGAUCUUCCGAAGUCACGAAGGCUUCUUUGAGCCCGGACUGACGGAAGCACAAAAAAUUGCGCUUGUCUACAAGAUGGCUGAAACCAUUCGAACGGCUUUCGUCCCUCGACAACUAGUCUUGAAUCCGAACUUGAGUACGUCUUCAGCGAUGUCAAGUUCUGCGUCUACGAUAACCCCAAUAGUUACCUCUCCAGGUAGCGAGUUGUCUCCUGCAUCACCAUUUGUACGCUCUCCCCUUUCGAUAAUUGCACAGCGUCCGAACAGCGACUCCAAACGUGCACCACCUUCGGACAAGAUGCAUGUUUCAGGCAGGAUACGGAUGGACCUGAACGUCGAGCGAGAUAUGAAUCCUACUCAGGAAGGCAUCCUGCCGCAUUUCCUUAAGAGAUAGGACCAUAUCAAACUAAUCAGAUCCCCGAUACGGAAUUGUGUUGGGGGGUGUUUCUGCUUUUUUAGAGAGCAUUUGUAUGCUAUUCGCUGUUCAGGUACUAGCCUCUUCCCUAGACCAGUGCAUAUACAAACUUGUUUUUCCUUCAGUUAAUUUCACAAUAUGACGUUAUUACUGGAGGUUAUUCUGAUACGAAUUAUAUUGUUUUUGAAUUUUCAAACAAGUAUGUUUCUAUGUGAUUGAAAAUGGUAGCAAUAUUAGGAAAGUGUUAUUAUAUUUUACGUCUGUCUUCGCCAGGUCGUAUGUAACCAAUAGACUUCUCGGAUGCGUUACAAUGACUGUGAAAUCUGGUGUUUUUUCAGAAGUAAUCUUCUUUCUUGUACACAGAAGCAAACCUAUCGGACAUCUUCAAUCAGAUCUGUAUUGAACAAGCGUUAGACAAAUUUAUUUCAUGGAUGCUUGUACUGUCGUAGUAAAUGUCGGUAGAAGCCUGUCGAUAUAGAUCUUCUUAACCAAUUGUAGAAUGCUCAAACAACGUUACGCUUAAGCAAUCUUGCACAGUAGUAUAUUGUAUCGUAUAUCCGUAUAUAUAUUUUGGAUCUAAUUUGUCUACCCUUUUAGGGCUAUUCAUGUAUCCUUCAAUAGUGUUUCGUGGAUUUGUUCAGUUUUUCAUUUUUGUAAAUAUGUUAUAUAAAUCAAUUUGAUUGAUUUAGAGUAUUCUGUCAGUGAAAACGUAGCCGAAUUUUCUCAACCCGCAGUAACCUCUAUGUCGACAAGUUAGCCCUUGCGUAACUUUCUAUAAUUUUUGGCUAACAAAGAAACAAUAAAUAAAGAAAGCAAAUUCAUCCUUUUAAGACUUAAUUU